AUGGAAGAACAACACAAAAAAUCCUCCACCUCCAUCAGACAUCUCGGGGGUGCGUUUGUAGGUGAAUGUUCUAUGCAUGGAAUCGGACACAUUUUUCAGAGACCUUUCUAUCGCGGGAUUAUUUGGUUUGUGGCUGUGGGUGUGAGCACGGGUUAUCUUCUUUAUCUUCUCUACAAAGAAUGGAUCAACUACCACCAAUACCCCUUCCUGGCCAUUUCCUCCGUAAAAAGCGUGUCAAGUAUACAAUUCCCAGCAGUUACCUUUUGCAAUUUGAGCCCCUUUAAUAGAUCAAAAGUAGCAUCUGACCCACGAGACGAAGUUUAUCACUUAUCACUCUCAAGACUAAACAACUUAGUUGAUGAGAUCAACUGGACGGAUCCUUACUAUCAAAACAACGGAUAUUUUGCGCCAAGGACUUUCAAUGACGUGGCAAAUGAAACGCUGGAAAUAAACAGCGUUGUCAAGUAUAUAACGUUUGACGGAAAAGGCGUAAACCUUAAACAUGACCUAACGGAGAAAGUGGCAUCCAAUGGUAUGUGUUACACGUGGAACAGUAAUGGAUCCGUGACUACAAGUUCUACUGGAUCAUCUUUCAACUUCAUAGCUCUUCUCAGCGUCAACAACGAUCAGAAUUACCAAAACACUGACUGCAGCAAUGGAUUUAAGGUAGCUGUGCACGAUCCUCUUGAAGACCCAGCAAUAGAGAACAGCGGCUUUCUCGUUCCACCUGGAAGGAUAGCUUUAGCAAAACUAUCUAAAACAACGUAUUCAUAUCUCGGUCCCCCUUUCAAAGCUUUUGGUGAUACUUACUGCGAUGAUCCGAGUUCUCCAGAUUUUACAAAUCCGGUACAUCCAGCACCAUACAGCAUUAAUGCUUGUAAAAGGAAGUGCGAAAGUGACCUGAUGUUUCAGCGCUGUGGAUGCAUUACUUUGGGGUCGAAUGGUGAUCACACCAUUUGCUCCCAAUACCAAUAUCAUCAGUGCCUUUACAAUUCAUCAUAUCAGAACACAAGAAGUGCUACCACAUUCUCUACAUGUGACUGUCCCGAGCCUUGUCAGCAGACGACUUAUAACGCUCAGAUGUCGUAUGCUGUGUACCCGACAGAAGAUACCGCCAACUUUAUGAGCAAAAAAAUGGGACUUCCAAAAGACUAUUUCAGUGAAAAUUUCGUUGAACUCCACAUCCACUUUGAUUAUCUACAAGUACAUAAGGUGGAGCAAGUGCCGCUGUAUACGUCUUAUCAAGACAUCUUGUCCAACAUUGGAGGGCAGAUGGGGUUAUUGCUGGGAGCCAGUCUUCUGUCACUCCUUGAAUUUGUGGAAUUUUUCCUGAACUGUGGAAUUUUUCUUCUGAGAAAAGGCUUUUACAAAGCUCACAAUAACAAAGUGAACAAAGAAAAUUAUUCAGAGGAUGAAAAAAUCAAGAAUUAGAAAAAGGAUUCAUCAAUGGAAUAUCUUAUUAAAUCAUUCUGACAAUAUACACUCUAAAUGUGGAUGAACUGCCAAAGCCAUAUACAUGUAGGACAGCCAGUUCAGUCACAAUUUUUUUUUUUUAGUUUUGACUAUGUAUGAAUGAAAUGUACAAAAAUUCAAAUCACAGCAUUAGAGCUCACAAGCAAAAAACAAGAGGAAUGCUUUGUACAAAUUUAUUCUUGGUAGAAUAUUUGUUCCUACUCUGUGAAAUCUCAUCACAUGGUGAUGUCCCACAGUACAGACAAAAUAUAACAGUAACAAUACACAGUCACAUAACAAAAAUCAAGUCAACAGACCACAAGGUUAGUCACACAGUGCACAAA